AACUCGUAUAGCUAAUCAGUGUACGUCACGCCUCGAGCGGCCCUGACUGGAACCGCUCAGUUGAGCACUCGGCUGCGAGCAGUGCGCGCGCGGUCUUGGCGCGAAACGCGCGUCUCUUUAAUCGCAAUUACUUACUUCUUUGUGACGUACGAAUGACCAACUGAGUUUCUUAGUUAAAUAAAAUCCAUUGUGUUUUGUUCAAAAUGAAAGUGGAUAAAGAAUCGUGCCUCCCGGGCCCUGUGGACACUAAGCCGAUGUUAUCCGACAGGAAAGGGAGCCUUAAGGUGACCAUCACCCCGGCACAACAUAGGACCCUCACACACUUGCCCAAGAGACCGCCAGUGGAUUUGGCGUUCACUGAUCUGACGUACAAAGUGCAGGAGGGAAGAAAAAGCAAUGUGAAGACAAUUCUCAAGUCGGUCUCUGGCCGACUCCGGUCAGGCGAGCUGACGGCCAUUAUGGGACCUUCAGGCGCUGGCAAAUCCACACUCCUCAAUAUCCUCACAGGAUACAAGACAUCAGGUAUGGAAGGCAGUAUCACAGUGAAUGGCAUGGAGCGCAACCUGUCAAGUUUCCGUAAGCUGUCCUGCUACAUCAUGCAGGAUAACCAGCUGCAUGGAAACCUGACUGUGGAGGAGGCCAUGGCCGUGGCCACUGCUCUGAAGCUCCCCAGUGCUACCACCAGCGCUGAUAAGGAAGAAGUGAUCCACGAAAUCUUGGAAACCCUUGGUCUAUCAGAGCACCACAAGACGAUGACCUCCAAUCUCUCAGGAGGUCAGAAGAAACGACUCUCGAUCGCCUUGGAGUUGGUCAACAACCCUCCUAUUAUGUUCUUUGACGAGCCCACUUCGGGUCUGGACAGUUCUUCCUGCUUCCAAUGCAUAUCUCUGCUGAAGACCCUGGCUAGAGGUGGCAGGACCAUCAUCUGCACUAUCCAUCAACCUUCGGCGAGGUUGUUCGAGAUGUUCGACCACUUGUAUACGUUGGCUGAUGGACAGUGUGUGUACCAGGGAAGCACUGGAAGGCUUGUUGAAUGGCUCGGUAGUUUGAGCCUGCAGUGUCCAUCGUACCACAACCCGGCUUCGUUCAUCAUUGAAGUGUCCUGCGGCGAGUACGGAGACAACACUGGCAAGCUGGUGCGCGCUAUUGACAAUGGAAAGAAUGAUAUUCGGACCGGCAUGCCGUUCCCAGAGAGCAAAGUGCCAGACUUCAACAACAAGAAGGCGAUGGAAGAGUCUCUGAACAAGGAAUGGAACAAGAAUGACCUGUCCCAAGUCCAGGAGAAGUUCAGAGAUGGCAACAACACUACCAAUGGAAAUGGCAACCUACAGAAUGGGAUCUUGCAGUAUGCUGCUAGCGAAAUUGCUAAAGGUGAACCGCUGGUAGUCCAAAUGGAUUCGGAGAAGCAGGACAACGUGGAAGUGGCGCUGUUGGGCGGCGAGGGCUCCCCCAGACGGUAUGCGACGUCGGAACUCACCCAAUUCUGGGUGGUACUCAAACGAACACUGCUGUUCAGCAGGCGAGAUUGGACUCUGAUGUACCUCCGUUUGUUCGCGCACAUCCUGGUCGGCUUCCUGAUUGGUGCACUGUACUACGACAUCGGUGACGACGGCUCCAAAGUACUCUCAAACCUUGGUUUCCUGUUCUUCAAUAUGCUGUUCCUCAUGUACACUUCUAUGACCAUCACUAUUCUUAGUUUUCCCCUGGAGAUGCCUGUGCUGGUGAAAGAACACUUCAAUCGAUGGUACUCGCUACGGUCCUACUAUCUCGCCAUCACCGUGUCGGAUAUACCGUUCCAGGCAAUAUUCUGUGUGAUCUACGUGGUGAUAGUGUACCUGCUGACGUCGCAGCCGCCGGUGUGGUUCCGGUUCGCGAUGUUCCUCUCCUCCUGUCUGCUCAUCUCCUUCGUGGCGCAGAGUGUGGGACUUGUAGUCGGUGCUGCUAUGAAUGUUCAGAACGGCGUGUUCCUCGCUCCAGUAAUGUCGGUACCGUUCCUGCUGUUCAGUGGUUUCUUCGUGUCAUUCAACGCGAUCCCGGUGUACCUGCGGUGGAUCACGUACCUGUCCUACAUCAGAUACGGGUUCGAGGGCACUGCUCUCGCCACCUACUCCUUCGACAGACCCAAGCUUAAGUGCCAUCAGACUUACUGUCACUUCAAGAACCCUGAAACUACUUUGGAGGAGUUGGACAUGUUGAACGCAGACUUCACCCUAGACAUCGCAGCUCUCUGUCUCAUCUUCCUCGUCCUACGUAUAUCCGCGUUCCUCUUCCUGCGCUGGAAACUCAAAUCUACCAGAUAAGCGAUAUUACACCUACGUUACAUAUAUUUAGGGUAGCAAACCAAACGACAAGUUAUUUUAAGUUUAGGGUUGUCACUUUGUCAUCACCCAUGUGAUAUCGACGAACUUACGGUGCCGAAUGUUGAGUUUAUAAUGCAAUUUUAAAAGCGAUAGCUGUUUAUUUAUAUGGAAUUUAUGCCAAAGCGGUCACUAUAGGAGGAAUUGGAAUAACAAAACUAAUAUUUCUUUUAAAUAUUGUUAUUAUAACAGCUCUGUUUGUUUAUGUGGUUGCUAACAGAUUUUAUAAUUAUGAGACAAAGUAACAAUCGUUAGUUAGUUGUAUUUACGCAGUUAUUGUGAUAAAGAUGUUAUAUAUACUGUAGAACAACGGGACUGUACAUUUCGAAUAUUAUAUGACAAAGUAUGGGUCCUUACUAUUCAGAUGUUUAGAAAUCUUACAUGAAAACUACGUCCUGUCCUUAUGUCCAUUUUCAUUGCAAAAACAUACAUUAACUAGUUAUUAAUAUCGUAAAAUUAUUGUAGGAAAAAAGAGGACUAUUGGGGUCAAGAAAACUUUGACAGAUAAAAGUUGCUUCAAGCAAAUUACUGACAUUCAACCUUUGGUAGAUUACUACUGACCCCAAAUUGAAAAGACUAAGGAUUAGUAAUUUUGAUAUUGUAUUAUAAUGCAUGACAAUUAUUUCACAUUGUGUCUUUAAUGCUCAAAUCAUGGCCUUAUUGCAAUUUUCAAUAUUCAUUGAUUUUGAACAGAAUGUAAUGAAAUGUGAUAGCUUCGUGUGAUAUAAAGGAAAGUUCACAAAAAGAAAAUAAAUUAUAACAGUUAUAAAAAAACAAUUAUUAAUUUUAUAAAAUAAAAAUUUAAUUCUAUACACUAUGGGCUUUUACAUUUUUUUAUGCCACAGACUAUCCGAACCAUAGAUAAAUAAUAGUAAUCAGAGAUUUUAUAACAGAUAAUAUAAAUAGUAAGAUCUGAAACUAUCAGAAACCGAGCCUAUAUAUCAUUGUUAGAAAUUAUAAAAAAAGUAAAUUAUAAUUAUGUGAAUUCAUUGAUUAUUUUGCUCAUAAAUUAUUCAUAUUUCUUGCCUUACCGGCUUGCCGUUAAUUUUAUGUCAAAGAUAUACGUAGUUUCAUUCAAAUAGUAACGGUAAUUUCAAUUAUUUUUUUAAUCUAUAAAGACUGCUGUUCAAUUCAGAUUUUUAUUCUGAUAAAUGAAAAAUAUAUCUGGAUUAUUUCGAUAUUUGAAUAUAAUAUUGUUUGUAUGUUUUUUAAAGUUUAAAUUACCGUUGCUAUUAAAAUAAAUAGUAAUAAUUACGCAUUCAGGGAUCAUGGUAUAUUUCAUUGUACUUAGUGUUGUAAUUAUUUAGAUAAAAUAUUGUGGUCCAAUUAAUUAUUAUUGAUAAUGGUUAGUUGUAAUGGUUUAUAGAAAGUAUGAUGUUUUGUACCUAUUAUAUAUAUUUUUUAAAAUAAAUGGUUUAUGAAAUGUAA